AUGGAACGUGCACCCGUUCUGUACUGGUUCAAAGCGUUUUUCCGCGGAGAAGUGAUGAGGCUGGUACAGAAUGGGCCGCAGGUUCUCAAUUUCGGUGGCAGGUUAUCAGCCCUGGAACCCGAAAUAUUCUCCUGUUUCACCCUUAAAUUCUCCGACCAACCCCUUUGA